CUCAAUAUGAUUUUCUGGUAAUUAUUUUGUUGUUAGUAUUUUUUUGGUUUAAAAAACUAUUAUUCCAUAUCCCCUACAAUACGAUGAGCUCGGAAUUUAUUUGGUCAUCUCUGGAACUUCCUCCCUCUUUAUUUUUCACUUGCUUAUCCCCGCCCCGCAUUGCCUUUUUCUUUGUUGGAGCUGUUCCAUUGCCUUUUUGGUAUAUAAUCUGAGUUACAGAAAAGCAUGUCUUAACAAACAUGAUCAUGUUGAUUGAAUAUGGUUCGCCUAGAAUACCAGUUCAUGAUCAUUUUGGCUGACAUUUCUACAUCUUUUGACUGUUGUAGGUAAAUUGGGAAUGAAUAACCUCCAAUUAGGCCUUUUCAUAACAGGUGCAGUUAUUGCUGGCAUUCUUCUAGGUAUCUGGUUCUAUUCCAUCAAUCAACGGAGGAAGAGACGUGCUGAAGAAUCUAAAAGCAAUGAACUUCCUACAACUCUUUCAAGCAAAAGUGUACCUGCUUCUUCAACUAAUAUCGCUCGACGCAACCCAUCUCAUCCCUACCCAAAUUCGGAUCUUCAAAAAGGAAGCACCUACUUUGGAGCGCAUGUCUUCAGCUAUGAGGAACUGGAAGAAGCCACUAACAAUUUUGACCCUUCUAAAGAAAUUGGAAAAGGGGGCUUCGGCAAAGUUUACUAUGGCAAGCUCCAUGAUGGGCGUGUAGUUGCAGUGAAGCGCCUACAUGAAAAUAAUAUGAAACGUGUUGAGCAGUUCAUGAAUGAAGUAGAGAUCCUAUCUAAGAUAAGACACCAAAACCUUGUGGCACUGUAUGGGUGCACCUCACAACGUAGCCAAGAACUUAUCCUUGUUUACGAAUAUGUUUCCAAUGGAACUGUUGCUGAUCAUCUCCAUGGAAAUCGAUCUAAGUCUGGUUUGCUGACUUGGCCAGUUCGGUUGAGCAUAGCUAUAGAGUCAGCCGAGGCACUGGCAUAUCUCCAUGUAUCAGAUGUUAUACACCGUGAUGUCAAAACCAACAACAUUCUUCUUGAUGAGAAUUUCCAAGUGAAAGUGGCUGAUUUCGGUUUGUCACGGCUGUUCCCAACAGAUGUCACACAUGUGUCAACUGCUCCACAAGGGACACCUGGGUACGUCGAUCCUGAGUAUUUCCAGUGCUACCAACUCACUCAAAAAAGUGAUGUUUAUAGCUUUGGAGUGGUAUUAAUGGAACUUAUAUCAUCAUUACCAGCUGUGGAUAUGAAUAGGCACCGGCAAGAUAUAAAUUUGGUUAAUAUGGCUGUGAACAAGACUCAAAAUAAUGCGUUACAUGAGUUGGUUGAUCCGCUUCUUGGUUUUGAAAAGGAUUACACUGUGAAGAAGAUGACAACGUCAGUGGCAGAAUUGGCUUUUCGGUGCUUGGAAAAGGAGAGGGAUAUGAGGCCUAGCAUGGAUGAAGUACUGGAGAUUUUGAGAGGAAUCCAGAAUGGGAAUGAAGAGAUGGGUGCUCAGAAAGCUGAAGUGGUGGAUAUUAAGGCUGCAGAUGAUGUUAGGCUUUUGAAGAAUAUUCCUCCCCCGCUUUCUUCAGAUUCAGUUGUGACUGAUAAAUGGGUUAACAGCCCUACAACACCUCAUUCCUCCUAGCUAUUUUGAUUUCCUUCUCUUAUUUUAUUUUUAUUUUUUUUCCUUAAAACUCUAUAAAGUAGAAGGUAAAGUAAUGUACACUCAUGAUUGAAUGUCAAUGAGUGGGUUAGCAUUUCAUUAUCUUCUGUUUUGAUUGUCUUUGUUUUGUGUUAAUAGAAUACAAAUGAGAAAGAAUUCGUAUAUUCGGAGCCGUCAACAAUUCUAUUAAUUCAUGUUGGGAUGUAUUUAAUUACA